AUGAAGCAGAGCUAUGAGGUACUGUUAGGAACAUAUGAGGCGUUCGAUCUGACAGAUGAACAGUGCGCUCUCAGGCUGCUCGAGACGCGAAGACGGAAAGGCCGACCCAAAUACCCAGCUACAACCCUUACUGCAUCCGCCUCUAUUCGCGACAACUCAAGUGUGAGGGGCGUGCCUAGUCUAGUCGGGAUGAGGCAAUGGCUGCGAUCACUAGGCCAUUCGGAGAACGAGAUUGACAACUUGAACGUAAUUCAUGUUGGCGGCACAAAAGGGAAAGGUAGCACCUGUGCUUUUACCAGUUCCUUCCUCCUCGCGCAUGGUUUGAGAACAGGGUUUCCAAGGCGUAUUGGACUAUAUACCUCUCCUGAUUUGCAAUGCAUUCGGGAGAGAAUACAAAUUAAUAAUCAACCAAUAACGGAAGGUCUUUUCACACGAUACUUUUUCGAAGUUUGGGAGACUCUUAUCUCUCGAGAUUUGGCACGAUAUACGGACUUCACAGGACAACCUCGCUAUCUGCAGCUACUGGCCUUACUGGCUUUUCACACUUUCAUCAAAGAAGGUGUUGGCGCGGCAAUAUUCGAGACACACCAUGGCGGAGAAUACGACGCUACAAACGUGAUUCAGAAGCCUAUUGUGACUGGGAUCACGUCUCUGGGAAUGGACCAUAUUGACCAACUGGGCCCUACGAUCGAGGAUAUUGCAUGGCAUAAGGCGGGCAUUUUCAAACCCGGAGCACCAGCAUUCUCUGUCGUACAAGAGGCUGGUCCUGGUGAAGUUCUACAGAAACGUGCAGCCGAGAAAAAUACUGAAUUGACGUUUGUCUCGUCUUCCAGAACUCUUCCGGCCAACAGAAGAGUGCUCAGUGUUCCAGUACAACGAUUAAACUGUUCUUUGGCCCUUCAGCUAGCUGCAAGCUUUCUGCAGCUGAAGAAUCCCAAGUAUGCACUGAGCGCCGACGACAUAUCCCAGGGCAUUGAAAAUUUCUCGUGGAUUGGGAGAUUUGAGGUAAUAGAAACUAAGAGUGCACAGUGGUUUUUGGACGGUGCUCAUAAUACACUCAGUCUUGAGCAAGCUGCGGAGUGGUUUUCAAAGAACAUCAGUGCUGCACAUGUGCCACAAUAUCGUGUCCUUAUAUUUAGUCAUUUUUCCGAAGAGCGUGAUGGAGCGGCUCUUUUGGAGUGUCUAGCGCAUGCGCUUUCAAAGCACAACGCAAAGCCUGACCAUGUUAUUUUCACCACGUACAACGAGAGAGAAGAUGGAUCUACUAGAAUAGACAAAACACUUAAAGUGCCACAAACACCUUUCCCGGAUUUUUGCACAUCAUAUUCUUCCCUUUGGAAGACAAUGCAUCCUCAUGCCGCAGUUUCAAUUGAGUCAACCAUUGAAGGUGCCAUAAGGCUAGCAGAACGGAUCGGUGUUCAACAAGGCGGCAUGCAGGUGUUCGUUACUGGAAGCCUACACUUAGUUGGAGGUGCGCUCAACAUAUUGCGCCCUUAG